CUAUGACAGCAAGCCUCUUGCGCACAAGCAACGGCUGGAACGUAGUUCCGGCGUAUGCUUCAGGCAAUCGCCCACUCGCAUCUGCUCUGACCGACGCUGCGCUCAUUAACUACGCUCUGCAGAACGAGCUGAGGCUUCAUUAUAUCCUUCUGCUUUGUGUCGUUAUGCCGCAAUGCUAACCUCGUUGACU